UGCUUUGUACCACACCAGUUGUAUGAGUUCACUGGAUUCUCUAUUUUUGCAGAACCUACAGACAUAAAAGUAUAUUGGUUACCUCAACCUGUGAUCCUGCAUUUAUGUAAAUCUGUCUGGCAUCCACAUGGAUUCUUUCGACUUUAGUGAAAGGCUGUAGGUUUCUAAGCAAAUAAAAACCCUGGGAUGAACUUCAAGGACAUGUGUCCACCCGUCAAUCCAUCUUCUACACCUUGAAGGGUUUCCAAUUCCAGGUGCUGGUGCUCAUCUUCAGCAGUGGGUAGCAGGGAUUUCUGCACAAUCAAUGACAGCAUGCAGUCUGUCAUAUCCAGAGCUGUGUGAAGUUAGCUAUUUGUGUGACUCUCCUACCUUCUCCCAUUGCAGGGUGUGACUGACAGCAGACUUACAGGCAAGUGUAGCAAAAAAAAGAAAAGAAAAAGAAAAAUGGCUCAACUAUUUUACAAGAGAACUGACAACUCCACAUACAAUGACCGUCUCCCACUGCGGAUUGUGCGGGCAGAGGCUGAGCUCUCUCCCAUGGAGAAGGUCUACCUGGGGGCCGUGGAAAGAGGGGACUACGCGAGUGUAAAGCAAGCCUUAGAGGAGGCUGAGAUCUACUUCAGAAUCAAUAUCAACUGCAUCGACUCGCUGGGACGCACGGCCCUCCUUAUUGCCAUCGAAAACGAGAACCUGGAGAUCAUAGAGCUCCUGCUCAGCUAUAACAUCCAUCUGGGUGAUGCCCUGCUGCACGCCAUUCGUAAGGAAGUAGUGGGGGCCGUGGAGUUGCUCCUCAAUCACAAGAGGCCACGUGGAGAAAAACAGAUCCCCCCAAUUCUGUUGGACAAACAGUUUUCAGACUUCACUCCAGACAUUACUCCAAUCAUCCUUGCAGCUCAGACAAACAACUAUGAGGUCAUCAAAUUGCUUCUGCAACGAGGCGUUUCCGUACCUCAGCCACAUGCUGUGCGUUGCAACUGCAUGGACUGCAUGUCCCACACAGACGUGGACAGUCUUCGUCACUCACGUUCUCGUCUUAACCUCUACAAGGCCCUUGCCAGCCCCUCUCUCAUUGCCCUCUCCAGUGAAGAUCCGUUCCUGACGGCUUUUCAGCUCAGCUGGGAGCUGAAGGAGCUCAGCACAGUGGAGAAUGAGUUCAAGUCAGAGUAUGAAGAGUUGUCCCAUAUGUGCAAACAAUUUGCAAAAGACCUUCUGGACCAGACUCGAAGCUCCAAGGAGCUGGAUAUAAUUCUCAACUACCGUGAUGACAUCGAUCCUCUGAUGGAUGAGAACAACAAUGACCUAGCCCGUUUGAAACUGGCAAUCAAAUACUCCCAGAAGGAGUUUGUUGCUCAACCCAACUGCCAGCAGCUUCUUGCGUCUCGGUGGUAUGAUGAGUUCCCAGGCUGGAGGAGGCGUCACUGGGCAGUGAAGCUCAUCACCUGUGCUUUCAUCGGCCUCCUCUUUCCAUUGCUUUCUGUCUUCUACCUGCUCUUUCCAAAGACUCGCUACGGCCAAUUCAUCCGUAAACCUUUCAUCAAGUUUAUCUGCCACACUUCUUCCUACUUGACCUUCCUCCUCCUGCUCUUCUUGGCCUCACAGCAUAUCGACUCUGGUGACCCAGAAUGCCGGGCUGCCUACAUCCAGGGCCCAGCACCCACCACUGUGGAAUGGUUUAUCCUGCCCUGGGUGAUUGGUUUCAUAUGGGCUGAAAUCAAACAAAUGUGGGAAAGUGGUUUAAAGGACUACAUGGAUGACUGGUGGAACAUAAUGGACUUCAUAAUGAACUCCUUGUAUCUUGCAACUAUUUCUCUAAAAAUUGUUGCAUAUACAAAGUACAGAGAUUACAGACCGAGAGACAGCUGGGAAAUGUUGCACCCCACGUUGAUAGCAGAGGCCUUGUUUGCCAUCGCUAACAUCUUCAGCACCUUACGUCUGAUCAGUCUUUUCACUGCCAACUCACACUUGGGCCCCUUACAGAUUUCACUUGGCCGAAUGCUUCUGGACAUCCUCAAAUUUCUGUUCAUCUACUGUCUCGUGCUUUUGGCUUUUGCGAAUGGCCUUAACCAGCUCUAUUAUUACUAUACAACAGAGGGUGAAAAGGACUGCUACGGUAUUCGAUGUCAAACCCAAAAUAAUGCCUUUUCAACGUUGUUUGAAACACUCCAAUCAUUAUUCUGGUCUGUGUUUGGCCUGAUUUCUCUCUAUGUGACCAACGUGAAAGCGAACCAUACAAUUACCACAUUUGUUGGCUCUACUAUGUUCGGCACUUACAAUAUAAUCUCCCUGGUGGUGCUUCUGAACAUGCUAAUUGCAAUGAUGAACAGUUCCUACCAGCACAUUGCUGAUCAUGCAGACAUAGAAUGGAAAUUUGCACGGACAAAGUUAUGGAUGAGCUAUUUUGAAGAGGGCGGGACUUUACCAUCUCCGUUCAAUAUAAUACCGAGUCCAAAAUCUGUGUUUUAUCUACUGAGGUGGAUAAAAACAAAUGUGUUCAAGAAACCAAGCAAAAAAUCACUGGACACAUUUCAGACAUUAGGGGUGCGGGCAGCAGAAAAUGUCAGAUUAAACCAUGAAUAUCAGGGGGUAUUGAAGAACCUUGUGAAGCGAUAUGUUGCUGCAAUGAUCAGAGAUGCCAAAACCAAGGAAGGGUUGACGGAGGAAAACUUUAAAGAGCUUAAGCAAGAUAUCUCCAGCUUCCGCUAUGAAGUUUUGGGAAUGAUGAAGAGUAAGCCUCACAGCGGGGGAACAAGUCCAGUUGCGAGCACAACAUUGGCUUAUCCUGGAAAUUCCUUCAAAUAUUGUCGUAAACCUGCUGCCAGUGAACGUCAAAAAGAGUCACGCAUGUUCGAGGCAAAGUCCCCCAAUAUACUUCAAAAUAAAGCUGCCAGCACAACCAACUCUCCGGGCUCAAAUGAUCAGAACAAUUGCUCUGUUGUUGUGUGGAGUGCAGAGAAGACUGAGAUUGAAAUAUCAAAAGAGCAGUCAAAGUGUGAGUGGUCUCCGAAACGGGAGCAAACGUCCUUUCUGAAAUGUGAUGAAAACGAUUCCUUUUUUGUGGCGUCUGGCAGGGAAAACGAAGACAAAGCUCUGAGUGGCAAAGCAGAUGUGGAAGUCUCACAGAAUAUGAACACAGAAACUCAGGAAAUGGGGCUUUCUUGUACUGUCCUUUCUAAGGAAGUGACAAAUAGUCCAACAAAAGUGCAAAACUGAGUCUGCAAAUAAGGAAUACACAAUAGAAUCAUUAUUUACUUAAUCUUCAUAUUUAAAAAAAGAUAGCUUGUGACAGACAAUAGCUAUACUACCAUACUGUGCUUUUGCGUUAAUACGUUCAAUCAGUUAUAUAAAGACCCAAUAAGAUAUCCUCUUUACGAACGAUGUGAUUGCUCUCUUGCUGCUCAGGAAAGUGAGUUUUCAGCAGGUAUGUUAUUUAUCUCUUACUUUGAACAUCUGUUUGACUGUUAUAAAAAACAAAAGACUGUUUCUACCUAAACAAAUAGUCAUACACUUGAAAAUGUUUAUUUUUGAUUCUAUGUAAUUGUGCAAGAAAAUCUGAAUCUAAUUUAGAAAAUUAACACUAAUUAUAUAUGUCCCCAGCCUACUGUUUAAUCUAAUGUAUUGUUUAAUUUAGUCAUUACCUCUGAAUAUCACAGAGCUUUGAAAAUUAGAGGCUACCUGUACUUCAUGUUUACAUCCCCAAAGAUGGUAAAGCUGUGAGAUGGAACGAUCUUAACAGUGAUGUUAAAGAAGAGAAGAUGUGUGCACAUUUUGAGACUGGUUUCAGGAUCUGCUUUCUAAAAAUCUGUGUUUUAUAUCUUGCGGGCUAAUGAGCUUUGACAACUUUUACUAUUUAUAAAACAUUAUAAAUGCUCACUAAUAAAAUGAAGCAAAAUGUUAUGGUUUCUAAGUUGCCUUUAUUUGAAAAUGUGUGGUGUAAAAGGAACAUUGGAGGACAGUUUGUUGUAAAACUGUUGUACAUAUUUUAAAAUUUAACAUAGCUAAAUGUUUUUCACUUAACUUAUUCAAGUUUGUGCUUACUGGCCAGGGUAAAUAAUGUAAGAAUUGAUGUGUUGUCAGUGUUCACAACUCACAUUAGCAUAGUCAUGGUAUACAACUACUAAGGCCUGAAUGAAGAAGAAUUCAGGAUUUAAAACUUAUUCUGAUGUAUAAUUAGAUCCAGUUGGCUUAAUUAGGAGCUUUUGUGUCAUAUCUAGGUCGCCAGGCAUGAAGUAUCCUCUGUGCUAGAUGUGAAGAUAUGUUUUAAUAAUGACUGUUUGCAAUGGCUAAUAAUGAAGUAAUGCCACUUUUACACAUAACAUUCGAACAUUAUACAAAUUCAUCAUACAAAAGACGUGUAUUUUUAUUUUUUUGAAUAACAUGACAGAAAAUGAAAACAUCAAUUUCUCAAUCCAGCUUCAAACAUCAUCAAAGUGAAUGUUCCAAUUUGUUCCCAUCUUGUUUGU